AUGACUUAUACCAAGGAGAUUUCAAAAACGACAGAGCUAAUGGGCAUGGCAUUUAUGUCCAUGAAGAUGGUGCUAAAUAUGAAGGCGCAUUCAAAAAUGAUGAACAGCAUGGCCAUGGAAGAGAAGAAUACCCAGAUGGCUCUGUUUAUGAAGGAGACUACAGAAAUGGGAUGAAAGAAGGAAAAGGGCUCUUCAAAUGGGCUGAUGGCAGCCAAUAUGAAGGUGACUUUAAAGCUAAUAACAUUGAAGGCACUGGAACUUAUAUAUGGGCUGAUCAUAAAACAUAUACAGGAGAAUGGAAAAAUGGUAAAAUGCACGGAAUUGGUGACUUCAAAUGGGCAGAUGGCAGAGAAUACUCAGGACAAUACAAAAAAGAUCUAA